UUUUACGUCAUUAGCCAACAUGGCGGCUCAUUAUUUGGAACCGAUGGGAAGCUAGUUAGUUCGUUCAAAAUAACAAGUAUAAAUGCAAAUAUAGCACCGUAGACGUUUCUAAAAUUCUCAGUAUUGUUUGGCGCAUAUCAUAUUACAAGAAGAUGCUCUAUAUAAUCGGCAAAAUGUUCCCCAUGGAUUACAAACUCACCUCAGCAACCAGAUUUCUUGAAGUUGAAGCAAUGCUAGGAUUCUUAUCAGCACGGCAGGCUGGUCUGGAUGACCCUUUGCGACUUAGACGUGCAGAGUCAACGAGGAGAGUCCUCAGCCUGACGUUAAACCCUGACAGAGAUGUGGACCGAAUCCAUGGAAAUGGGAUUAAUACCAUUGACAUUGAUGCCAUUGAAGGCAGAUAUAUGUUGUCUGGUGGUGCAGAUGGAGUUAUUGUCAUCUAUGACCUGGAGAACCACAGUGGGAAACAACAAUACACCUGCAAUCCAGUCCGGACUGUUGGAAGGUCAAGCCGACAUGUCCACAAAUUCAGUGUGGAGACAGUCCAGUGGUAUCCUUAUGACACAGGAAUGUUUGUCUCUAGUUCCUUUGACAAGACCAUGAAAGUGUGGGACACAGAGACUUUAAAGCCUGCUGAAAUGUUUGAGUUCGAGGACAAUGUCUACAGUCACCACCUUUCGCCCAUUGCCAGGAAGCACAGUCUCAUCGCAGUGGGUACCAAAAACCCUAAAAUCCAACUUUGUGACCUGAAGUCCGGUUCACGGAUCCACAUCCUGCAGGGUCAUAGAGCAGAAGUACUGUCUGUGCGAUGGUCGCCAAGAUACGAGUACAUCUUAGCGACUGCCAGUGCAGACAGCAAGGUGAACGUUUGGGAUGUGCGCCGAGCUUCAGGUAGUCUUUUCACUUUGGAUCAGCACAAUGGGGAGAAGUCGAAAGCCUCCUCUCAGACAGUAAACACAGCCCAUAACGGCAGAGUGAAUGGCGUUUGCUAUACUGCUGAUGGCCUCUACCUCCUAACCACUGGCACAGAUGACCGCAUGAGACUAUGGAAUAGCGCCACUGGGGAAAAUACACUGGUAAAUUAUGGCAAGGUCUGCAACGAGAGCCGUAAACAGCUGCAGUUCACCGUGUCUCGUGGCUGCAGCCCAGAGUUUGUGUUCGUGCCAUGCGGCAGCUCCGUGGCGGUGUACGCGCUCCACACAGGAGAGCUGAUCACUAUGCUCAGGGGUCACUACAACAACGUGGACUGCUGCGAGUUCCACCCAGACUUCCAGGAGCUGUACAGUGGAGGUAAAGACGGUAACCUCCUGGCGUGGGUUCCUGUCGUCCGUACCGCAGAUGUGGAAGAAGUGUCAAAUGGUGAAAAUAAGGGUGCUGCUAGCCUUUCUGCUGUGAACCCUGCCUUUCAAGACAACUGGAGCAGUGAUGAAGAUUAAUACAGAGGAUCCAAAUGUCUGCCCAGACCAAGCAUGCCAAAUAAACUUAUAUCUUUUAUACUAAAUUAAAGCUGACUAGUGUAAGGAAUUGUCUUUGUUUUUUGUUUUUGUUUAUGUAAACUGCUGCAAUCAGAUUUUCAGCAGCAGAGAUUAUGGCCUUGAAAUGUAAAUAUUUGUUUUUAUAGAAAUAUAUUGAUGUUAUUUUAUAAACAUUUGAUAAUAAAUUGAACAUUUUCUGUUGGUGUACUAUUUUAAAUGGCUCCAUAGGGAACCUUUGUAAGUAGAGUUAAUUUUAUGUUUUCAUAUUUCAACCUUCGUCUAUAUCAAUAAAUGUCUUAAUUAAUGUGUUUUCA